GCUUCUGGUUUUCAAGGUCAAUGCUUCUCCUGCGGGUAUGGCGCAGGUAUUGGAUUGUCCAAACCUGUUGAAUAGAUCUGUGAUGGUAUCAUUAAAUUGGAAUGUAAGAUAAUUUUGUUCUAGAGCUUAUGAGAAAGUACGACUGGGAAAAGUAGAUUCACCGAGAGAGAAGGAAAUUUACGUAUUUUUCGCGUCGUUUUUGCUCCACUCCAUUCUUACAAUGUUAAUUCAUACCUAGGUCGUAUUCCUCUUGGAUUGUCCCACAACCUCUGGAACAUUAUUAUUUUAUAUUCUAAAAUCUACUGUUAUUGAUCAUGGACUCAUCCUCCAACCUCAUAGAUCCAUCCAUUCAGAUGGUUCUGGCAUGAAUCACAACGAGUCACUUCUUUUCCUUGCUACUCUAUUAUAUAAUGGAGGAUUGGUUGUGGCUCUUCUACAUAAUCUUCCUCAAAUAACAUCCAACUACCAGUCCAUCAAGAGCCUACAAGCACAAGGACCUGAAACAUACUGCCAAAUUCAGAGCAUUAACCAUUCGAAAGACAUCCAAGAUACUCAACAAUCUUCAACUAAUUCGACUCUUUCCAAGACAACUCGAGAUGGCUCCCAACACGCAAAACAACAGUAACUGCCCAUAUUGUGGUGGAGAUGGUUGGACUGGAUCUUCUUGUGCUAGCUGUGGAGCUUGUACCCAAAGCAAAGGAUAAAGUUUACUUCGGUUUUUGAUGAUGGGAGGGGAUAUGAGCGUGUUUUGAACUGAUGGAGUAUAUUUGUAUCGAGUGAGACUUUAACAAUAAGCCACUGUGUCUGCCUUCCAAGAC